AUGAAUCUUCUUACCCGGCGGACUUCGAAUAAAUCGACUGGCAAGGAGAGUAGAGGAAGAGUCCUGGGCCGUAGUGUUUCUGCAGAUAGGGCUCUUCAAGAUGAGGUCAAAGGCUCGUUAUUUCGGCGGUCAAGGACGAGGAGUAGCAGAUCCAGUGAGAGACCCGAUUCCAAAGAGAAUGACAUGCCGCAUGAGCUACAAGGAGAGGCCCAUGCAGGCCAGAAACCCCUGGCGGAAGACACGGGGGGCAAACUCCCGCAACAAAAGGUCGCUGAAGUAUCUCCAGAAGCCAACAGUCAAAAUGUCAAGAAAGAACAAACCAAUGCCGAUGCACUCUCUCCGGUGGUCACAGGAUCUCGUGACCAGCUUCCAACAAGUGGAACUACUCCAGAACCUCCCGAAACCACUCCCGGUCCGGUACAAGGGCACGACCAAAAACACCAUGCCAACGGGUUGACCAAAGAUGAUGUCCAGCAUCUUUUCUCCGGUGCUCCACAUUUUGUCCUUGAAAGGGGUCGACGUGGUCGUUUCUUCCCUCAAGCUUUCUUCCCCUGGAACAACAGCCUCGACAUAUCCGACUUGCAAGACCGGAAGCAUCUCCGCCAUGAGAGCUUUGCCCUGUCCACCCUCCACGCCCAUCUUCCUAUCCCUGACGAAGUUAGUUGGAAACCGGGGAUGGAGCCACCCGUGAAGAAGGAAGGAUUGGAUACAGGAAAGAGACCCAUGUUCGAAUUAGGCAUCUUCGAGAGACCAAACAUGCUUGCUGUCGAGGGAAGGGAGCCUGGUACCGUCGGGAUGAGAUACUUCCUCGAAAGGCCCGUCGCAGAUGGGCUCCAGGACGAGAAAAUCAAAGAGCACGGCAAAGAUGUGGAGAUCGACCUGGCCAUCGCCAACGCUCCUGCCAUGGAAGCAUUCAAAAUGCUCGCGAUCAGCAAAGAAAAUGAGGCUUUGAACGCCAAAAUCGGGAAACAUGCACCUCGCCAAGACCGAGCAACACUCAUCCGCGGAGGGCCUCAGGCCUGGAAGUGUGUCGGGGUCAGAAACAUCAGCAUGAAGACCCUGGCGGAAAGGAUGGAAAAGAUUUGCUUGUGGCGUGACGAUGUCAUCCAUGCAGGCUACAAAGUCACGAUCUUGAACAGGAUGAAUUCAAUGGAGCUUCACGCCCAUCUUUUCGGCGAAUUGCUCUAUCCGCCUCGUAAGCUCAACACAGAGACGAAACACGAAAAGGCGGCGCUGAAAAUCCAAAUCGAGGCUUUGGUUAAAGUCCUCACGACACCCGGUGCCUGGCUCGAUCUCAGCAUGCCUGAAGCUCGUCUCCGUUUCGGCAAAAUUCUGCACAGUCGAACAACGCGGUACGACCAUGCGGCCGGAAGCCUCGAUAUCGACCCGGAACGGAAGUGGCUCUUGAUUCAACUCCUCCUUGCGGUCGAACUUGUCAUACGACUCGAUGCGGCCCUCAGGUUGGGAAUAGCGAUGCACUCGGACUCAUUCGAGCUCGGCAGCGACGAAAUCCACCACUUCAACAAACUCCGCAAUCUGAAAGUUGAUUGGGACCUUGUGGCGGCCAGGCGAUUCCUUUUCCUCAGUUACGUCAAGAAAAUCGAGCCCAAAGAUCCUUCUCCCGGCCACCUGAGUCCGCCUCCACGUCGGGUACAGCUACAACAGAAGUCCCCUGCGGAGCGCCAUGGCUUCAUGGGCGGCCUACUCCACACGCUCGGCCUAGAUGAAGCCAAAGAACUCCAAUCGAUACCUGAUGUUUGCGACCUCGCCAUCCUCCCGCGUCAACCAAAAGUCAUGAUCGAAGGACUCGUGCGUUUCGCCAAUAACAUUGGCUGGCCACGCUCUCUGGAGAUCCAACAUUCGUUACACGAUAAACUCUGUAGCACGACGGCCGAGGUGCGAGAGAAAUUCCUGAUGGACGCAAUAACCUGCUCUGACGACGAGGUCACCGGUCCAAGUGCGACGAAAGCCCUCGUUAGUAUCACGCCCCCCCUUCCGACAUUAUGUGUCGACCUACACCCCGCAACUCCCAAGUCCGUCGGCGGCUGGCUCUCGCACAGUUGGAUGUCUGGUCUGAUAAUGCCGGGCUUUUCGAUUUGCGACAUUUUAAUGUCCACAUUGUUGGAGAACGAUACUGAUCCGAAUACGCUCAAGCAACUGGGAACGACAGCUAAACCUCUUCGCUCUGCGGGCUUCGUCCUCAAUGGUUCAUCAUGGUGGUCAAAAUCUUCGGUGUUUGCGCGUGUGAUGGCCCCGAUGCAUGGCUCGAAGGAGAGCAUGGGAUGGGUCUACCUUCCCAAUUUUGUCCCGCUAUACGAAUCGACGGGUAAACCUCUUUCGACUCGCUGGGUCAAGAUAAAAACGUUCCCUGUUCCUUCAGGCCGUGAACGGCCUCGGAUUUUCGACGGUGACCGACUCGCCAUAGAAUCGACACCACUCGGUAUGGGCAAAGGCGGCAUCAUGGGCUCCGAAUUCAGCAUGGUAACAGAUCACAUUCUGGACUUGCAACCGGGGCCGGACGUUUGGGUCAAGGAUAUCAAAGUCAAUCUGUCGUUCACGGACGUGACAGAAUCGAACCCAGACCGCCCUCUCUCGGCAUGGGCACAGUUCGAAUUAACCACGACAGAGUCCUCUGCGUCGGAGCCGACGACGAAACAAACUCAGGUCCGCUACGGCCUCGAUCGUGCCGUCUACUUUGUCAGCGCGUAUCCAUGCCGCUUACCACACGGACACGCAACGUUCAAACCCGGCUCCACAGAUGCCGAGUACGAGCAACAACACCCCCGACACAAGCCGGCCGAGCACAUCCCCGCCCAUCCAUUGCACAAGACGUACAAAUUCGUCACAAAGACCCUCUCCGACCUCCUGAACGAUCCUCACGACGUUGAACCCUCGACCGGCACCACAAGAGGCGAAGUCUGGGUCGUCGACGCCCGUCAGGCUGUUACGCAUACUCCAUCCCAGUCCGACGCCUCGUCGGUCCUAAGCAAUACUACGUCCACUGGUACGGUGACGAGUACCGGUACCAGUACGGAAGAAUGCAACUCGCAACUAUGGGAGAAAGACAUCCUCGUACGUGCGUGGUGUGCGCAGAACGGACGGAAUGCCAUUAUCGCCCGCGUCGGUCGGACGUGUCUAAGUUGUGCCAUUCGAGAGGCGAAGGCGCUGGAGAUCGGAGUUGUUGUUCGUGUUGGUGUUAAGGAGUAG